AUGGUGGAAGCUGAAUGCACGGGUUGUGUCCUGCAGCGACGACAGAUUGAGCAUGGGCUGGAGCGACAGCAGCGGAUCAAGAGUGGGCCAGCGAGAGCGGGCAGGGGAGGCAGUGGCAGCGAGAGCGGGCAGGGGAGGCAGUGGCAGUGCGAGCGGGCAGGGGAGGCAGUGACAGAAGUACAAUCAAAGUCCACAAUUGUGACCAUGCCAGGGAAUGACGAAAAUGCAGAAGACAAGUGGAAGGACUAUGUGCGACAACGACGAAUUUUACAUAAACAUAUACCAUUUCAAACAGAUGCUGAGCUAGAGACCACAGAUUCUGCCACAUACAUUGGCCUGAAAAGGCUGACAGAUGCAGGACAACAAAUAGUGAUACCAAAUCCACCCCCAGGGACAUGCAGUCAGGACCAAAGCACCGGUGUUUCCCCCACAACAGCUUUCCUUCAGUAUUUUAUCAUAGCAUCGAAGCGGGGCAAUGAAAGCGAGAUUGAUUUGGAACGCUUGAAUACCAUGUUGGAAAGUGGAGCUGAUAUCAAUGCUACUGACAGAUAUGGACAGGGCGUUUUGCAUGGGGCAGCCAGAACAUGGCAUCCCGACGUUGCCAAGUUUCUGAUUGAGAGAAAUGCUGACGUGAACAAGCCUGAUAACUAUGGUGUAACUCCACUGCACGUGGCUGCGGCAGUAAAUUAUCCCGAAAUGGUUGACUAUCUUCUGGACUGUAAUGCGGACAUUGAAGCAAAAACGUCAGGAAUGAUGCAGACACCAGUUCACUAUGCAGCUAAGUAUGAUGCUGCUAAUGCCCUGCACUGUCUGUUGAAACACGAUGCUAACAUGAAGGCUCGAGACUACAAACAGCGAACCCCUUUGCAGCUGGCAACAGAGCUUGAUCGAUCUGAGUCAGCUCGAUUGUUAUUGCAAUACCAAGCAGAUGCAGGAGUUCAUGAUAAUACAGGACAAUUGUGCCUUACAUUAAUGGCAGCAAGUAUGUCUCAACUUGCAUAUACGGCCUUGGAUCAAUUCAUCUUUAAGGACAGAGCUAACCGAAAACAAUAUUUCAUGUUGAACCUCCUGAUACCCCAACCUUCUGAAACAGAUAAUAGCCGUGCCAAGUCAUUGCUUGAAGUCAUUGUUCAAUAUCGACAGCUGGACCUCAUCAUGCAUCCUGUUGUGCAGAAAUUAAUUCAAAUUAAAUGGAAACGCUUUGGGAGGAGAGGAGUCGCAAUCAUGUUGGUGCUAAAUAUCCUCUUCAUCUUGGCUUGGACUGUUCUUGGACUUACUUCCUCUCUAUCAUAUUCUGAAGAAUUGAAGUAUGAUCUACCUCGUGACUGGUGGAAAGUUCUUAUUGGUAUCAUAGCAGUUGGACUUACUGGCUAUCAGCUUGUAGAGGAAUUUAUCGAAAUCCAUUCGUCAAAUGUGAAGUUUAGUUCUUGGAAGGAUUGGAAAAGCAAGGAAAUAAUGAAGGACCUCAACCUGUGUCACCCAAGAUGGCCAGAGGAGGAAUCAUACCUAAAGAAACAGCUGGCUGGACUGGAAGAACUGCAUCCCCACUAUUUUAAAGAUUUUUGGAAUUUGUUUGACUGGAUGGUUUAUCUGCUGCUCUUUGCUCUCAUAGCAACUCACGCUGUUGACUUAACAACGGAAAGCGAGUUCAUUCAUGUUGCACAUAUUCGACUAUUUGCUGUGACUAUCAUAUUCCUUUGGCUUCGGCUCAUGAAGCAUGUCCGAGCUAUCAGAGCUCUGGGACCUUUCAUUGUAAUGCUUGGGAAGAUUGUCGUUGACCUCUUGAAGUUCCUCUUUCUCUAUGGAGAGUUUUACAUUCCUUUUGCUUGUGCAUUUUGGAUCAUAUUUGGUGGGCUAGUAUCAAACAUGACAACUUUGCCCCAGAUGAUGUUUACUGUCUUUCGUAUUACAUUGGUUGAUGAUUAUGGGUUUGAGGAUAUGUAUGCCAAGGAUCCAGUAAUGGCAUAUUUUCUUUGUGGAAUGUUUCUUGGGGUCUCAAGCAUCCUCUGUAUCAAUCUUCUAAUUGCUCUGCUAUCUGACACAUUCCAAAGGGUGUACGACAAUGCAACUGCAAAUGCAGCUAUGCAACAGGCUAGCAUAGUACUGUACGUUGAAGAUCAUCUCAGUCAGAAGAGAAAGAAUAAGUUCCAAGAAUAUAUUCACAAUUCAUGUGCACCUUUAGAAAUAUUUUUUGAUGAUGACCUGACAAUAGAUCAAGAAGAUGAUCUCAAGAAAGUCACCAUUCAAAUAAAGGAAGAUAUAGAUAAUCUCACAAAUUUAUUACAAAUGGAAGAAUGGGAAAAAGCUGAAUAUGAACAGAGUCCUCGAAGCAGGUUUUCGAGAAGGUUUUGGGGCACCAGCCAAAGCCAAAGUCAAGAUGAAGGUUCAGAAGACGGCAUGACAUUAAAUAUAGCAGUGCAUGAAGAGAUUUCAAACCUGCAGUUGAAGGUUUCAGCCCUUUAUCAACAACAGGAAAAUGCUACUGCAAAGUUCACCAGUGAAUUACAGAGAACACAAGAUUUGCUGAAUGAAAUUCUAAGGCACAUUGGAGCUGGAACCAGUGGUAUUCAUUCAUCUCGUGAGCCACAAGCGGAUGUUCAGGAUCCCAGUCACAAAUGACUCCUUGGCAAGUAAACAAUUAAUUCAUCGAGCUGAUAGAAACUGAGAGUUUCUAUUUAAAGAGGAGCCUGAUCAAGAAGUCUGGUUAAAAAAAUGCUGCUAA